CGGUCCCUCCUCCUUUUCUCUUCGGUCCGGCGGGGAUGGCGGUGCUGGAUCUGGCCCUGGAGGGACUCGCCAUCUUCGGGCUCAUCCUCUUCGUGGUGCUGUGGCUCAUGCACUUCAUGUCCAUCAUCUACACGCGUCUGCACCUCAACAAAAAAGCAACAGACAAACAGCCGUAUAGCAAGCUUCCAGGAGUUUCACUUCUAAAACCAUUAAAGGGUGUCGAUCCAAACCUCAUCAACAACUUGGAAACUUUCUUUGAGUUGGAUUAUCCAAAAUAUGAAGUGCUUCUUUGUGUACAAGACCAUGAUGAUCCUGCCAUUGAUGUGUGUAAAAAGCUCCUUGGCAAAUAUCCCAAUAUUGAUGCAAGACUAUUUAUAGGUGGUAAAAAGGUUGGGAUAAAUCCAAAGAUCAACAACUUAAUGCCAGCGUAUGAAGUUGCCAAAUAUGAUUUAAUAUGGAUCUGCGAUAGCGGCAUUAGAGUAACGCCAGAUACACUAACUGACAUGGCCAAUCAAAUGACAGAGAAAGUUGGACUGGUUCAUGGCCUGCCCUAUGUGGCAGAUAGACAGGGCUUUGCUGCCACUCUAGAACAGGUAUACUUCGGCACUUCUCAUCCAAGAUCAUAUAUUUCUGCCCAUGUAACUGGCUUCAAAUGUGUAACAGGAAUGUCUUGCUUGAUGAGAAAAGAUGUAUUGGACCAAGCUGGUGGACUAAUAGCUUUUGCACAGUACAUUGCUGAGGAUUACUUUAUGGCCAAAGCAAUAGCUGACAGAGGCUGGAAAUUUGCAAUGGCCCCACAAGUUGCAAUGCAGAACUCUGGUUCAUAUUCCAUUUCCCAGUUUCAGUCCAGAAUGAUCAGAUGGGCCAAGCUACGGAUCAACAUGCUUCCAGCGACAAUAAUCUUUGAGCCUAUCUCAGAGUGCUUUGUUGCAAGCUUAAUUAUUGGAUGGGCAGUGCACCAUGUGUUCAGAUGGGAUAUAAUGGUGUUUUUCAUGUGUCACUGUCUGGCAUGGUUUAUAUUUGACUACAUUCAACUCAGGGGUGUCCAAGGUGGCGCUCUGUGUUUUUCAAAACUUGACUAUGCAGUAGCGUGGUUCAUCAGAGAGUCUAUGACAAUAUACAUCUUCCUCUCUGCCUUGUGGGAUCCUACUAUUAGCUGGAGGACAGGACGCUACAGGUUACGCUGUGGAGGCACUGCAGAGGAGAUCCUUGAUGUAUAGCCACAGCUUUGUGACUGUCUUUCAAGAAAAGAGAAAAAGGAGAAAAAAAGAAAGUAUUAUAAAUUAUGUUUAUAUAAAUGCUUUUAAAAGAUCUACCUUCAAUAGUUUUAUUACCUGUAUGUUUUCGUAUCUGUUCUUUAAUUUAUUUUGCAUGGCACUUGCAUCUGUGAAAAAAGUACAUCUGUAGUCUUGGCCAAAUGGUACCUUUUUUUUUUUAAUGUACAAAAUCAAAUCAAGAGAAUUGGGUACAGGAUUUAUUUUCUUUAGGAGUGUUCUGCAGCAGACUCUAAAGAUAGUAUCUU